AUGUAUCUUCGUCCUGAGACAUUACACGCAUCACACCAUCCUAACUACCGUUCCGUUAGGGGGAGUUCACUGUGGAACUUGAAUCCACCCAACUCCCUUAUACCUACCUGUAUAGCGUCAUCUGGUCCUCCGCUCUUUCCCCAUGCCUACAUCGACUACCAAUCACGCCUCCAAUCCAGACAUGUCUACAAAAACAAGCUCAACAACCUCGUCCUCGCCCUCCCGACUCCCCUACACACAACUACCCCACACGUCGCCAAAAGCUCUCAACUCACGCUCGCCACCGACAUCACCGUCGCCUUCCCGCCCACAAUCCAUCUCCUCAACACACUCAACACGCUCCACACACGACUCAACCGCAGCACCCACUCCCCAGUCCUCAACGCAGAGACGCCCAUCGAUACACCUGCAAAACCAGGAAAUACCCUGUACCGAGCGGGAAGCGCAGUUGUACUUUCUCAUGGGGUUUAA